AUGGGAUUGAAACGAAAGGUUUCUUUUGUCGACCCACCUACUCCAGGAGAGUCGGCCACAGCAGCAUGCAGAGGUAGUCCGUGCUGCACUCACCCUGCUUGCUUUCCUUUGAAGAAACAUGCUCUUUGCCAGAGAUGGUUCUUCCUACGCUGGGUCCCUGUGACAGCGCUCAUGGACUCAGAGGUGCUGCUGGAAUUACGACAGCGGAUGGGGAAACGCAAGUUCCGUUAUUGUGGUGCUGUGGCACCCAUGGGAGUCUACGAGGUGCUGGUGGGCGUAGAACCCAGUGAGUUGCCGCUGUGGGCCGGUAACUUGGUUCCCGACACACUCUCCACGCUUUUUGACGCCGGCAAUUGUGCGGCGUGGCAGUUGCAAUGCUGCUGGGAUGCACUCGAAGUGGACGUCGAGAUUUGGCAGAAGUCACUGCGUGACGGAGAUGGCCAGAUCAACUUUGGUGACCUGGGCUUGGUCCAUGAUUUAGCCGCCGAUGUAAGAGCAGCCGGUUUACCAGAUGGAGAGAUAUGA